AUGUUUCGAAUAGCGGUUACGGAUUUGGACUCUCCCAAGUAUUUGAGUAUUUUAAAUAUAACAAAAGCUGAUAAGAAUACUACAUUGACUUGUAAGGCUAAAAAUGAGGAAGGUUACGACGAGAAAUCAGUGGUCUUAGAGGGUAAACCAGAACCUGUCAUUUCAUGGUCGUAUAAAAAAAAUUAUUCUUCGACUGAAUUUGAAGAUCUAGUUACUGAACGUGAUAACGUUCUUCACUUCAAGCAAGUUGAAAUAGAACAUAGUGGAGUUUACAGGUGCAUAGCCAAAAAUGACUUAGCAUACGACAAAUUUGAAAUUGAAGUAGUUGUUGAAUAUAUUAAAAUAGAGUACAAGAAAAGUAAAGAACUAAAAUGUAAGAUCGAUGCCUAUCCACCUGCUCAAAUUUCUUGGUAUAGAAAUAAUAAAAAACUAAGUAACAAUGAAGAUUUAGAAAUAACACCGGAUAAUAUAACGUUGAGAAUAAAACAAAUGCAACCUUACUUAAAAGGGAAAUACUAUGUCGAAAUAUCUAAUAAGUUUAAAACAGAAAAAAUUUUAUUCAACGUCUUUAUUGUUGGUGCAGUUAGUGAUAUA